GUCGGAGCCUGGAAGCCAAACUGGGAACUUUUGUAUCCGACACCGUCCAGCGUGUUGUCGAGGGCGGGGGGAAGAUAAAUGCUGUUGCACCGCGCCGGAAAGCAGUUUUAAAUUGACUGGUAAACGAAAAAAAAAAACAUCUUAAACUGAUUUAAAACUAAAAAAAGAGGGUGAUAGAGACCGUUUAUUUGAGAUUGAGUAGCAAUUCCAGCGGGGAGCAACAAUGCUGAUUAAAGUCAAGACCUUGACUGGAAAGGAGAUAGAAAUCGACAUCGAACCCACAGAUAAGGUGGAGAGAAUAAAGGAGAGAGUGGAAGAGAAGGAGGGGAUCCCCCCACAGCAACAGAGACUCAUCUACAGCGGGAAGCAGAUGAACGAUGAGAAGACGGCUGCAGAUUACAAAAUCCAAGGAGGGUCUGUUUUGCAUCUGGUCCUGGCUUUGAGAGGAGGAGGAGGAGGAGGAGAGGCGAUGAGAUGAGAUGAACCAGUCCUCCACGAUCCCACAAUGCACCACCCCUGAACCCCCUCCGUGUAGUAUCAACGGUGCCAAAACUCCAGCGUCUUGAUUUAACAUCCGCCAUCUUUUAAAAUAAUAAUAAUAAAAUAAAUAACAUACAGAAGA